AAGUGGAUAAAUAAAUAAAUACCUGCCUGCCUGCCUGCAACAAGUAAAUUACAGGCAUGAAAAUGGACGAACAAACACAAACAUCUGCAUGUGAACAUUUAUUUAGGAGUCCCUAGACAUAUUUGAACAUUGAUAAUACCCAGAGGCCCUUUAAUAAGACUAUUUAACAAAGACGGACCACUUCUAUUAAAAUGAAUAGAAGAAAUUGGAACGCCCAAUUGUCAACGGAUGUAAAAAGAACGUCCCGCCUUAUAGCUAAAAGAGCCAAUCACCUUUUAGAUAUAGACAUAGCCUGUCAAUCAACUCGAGAACGCGCAUGCGCAUUAGCUAGACAAACCGGGAAAAUAGCGUUUUUUUUUUUAGCUUAAUUUGAGGUACAAAAAACAAAACAAAAACAAAAAACAUUUAUGAUACCAGUGUUGACAGUUUUUAAUGCUGAUUUGAAAUAUGCUCUUUGAUCAUGAUCUUGACCAACCGUUUUGGAGAUUUGGGUCUUUUCCCCGUUUAAGUAGAUAGUAGUUGUACAUGUAUGCUGCUUGUUUACAUAGAAAAUAACUGCCAGAGAGCGUUCCAAGAAUGGCAUCCGAGUGGAUGUACUUGCAAAAAAUAACUUUGUUUUAAAUCAUGGGACUUCCCAUAGUUUGGUCGAUUUAAAUAUUCUGUUUCUAUUGGCUGCUUUAACCGUCACUCAGACUGCGCCGCAUCCAAUCACCGAACAGUCUUUCAAUCAUAUAAUUUUGGCGAAGGUCGGAAGAUGGCGGAAAAUUUGAAAGGUCAAGUUUGUAGGGUUGCAUGCAUUGCUACUUCACAGCAGCUAGAGACGCUCUGUCGAGAGCAGGGUGUGAUAUGCAAAGAGCUGGGCAUCAACAAACAAAAUCUGUGUGAUUAUGAGGUGGAAUACCUCUGUGACUACAAAAGAAACAUUAUCAACGAGGGGAGGAUACAAACAACACAGGAGUUAUUCUUGGUGAAAUGGAGGGGCUACCCCGAAUCCAGCAACUCAUGGGAGCCACGGAAGAACCUGAAGUGCGUAGAUCUGCUCAACCAGUUCUGGGAGGACCUGAAUGCAGAAAUGCAGAGACAGAAGAAGCGUGUCAUCCCCAAAAAGCUAGACGCCGGCACUGCGUCCCACCUCGUCCAGCGGGCAAAACUCAGGCAGACCCUUGCACUGUGGGAGGUGCACCUCAACAGCUUGGGUGCCCACAAAGGCCACAUUUACGUCAGGAACCAGAUCGACCUGGAAGGCCCACCUAAGAACUUCACCUACAUAAAUGACUAUAAAGUUGGCGAUGGGAUCAUGCUCAAUGAGGUGGCCGUGGGCUGUGAUUGCACAGACUGCCUGGGCAGCCCCGUGGACGGCUGCUGUGCUGGAGCUUCGCAGCACAAGUUUGCUUACAAUGAAUUGGGCCAGGUGCGCAUUCGGCCAGGGUUGCCCAUUUAUGAGUGCAACAAACGGUGCCGCUGUGGGCUGGACUGCCCCAACAGAGUAGUGCAGAGGGGCAUUCGGUAUUCCCUCUGCAUUUUUAGGACAGACAAUGGUAGGGGCUGGGGGGUACGAACCAUGGAACGCAUUCGCAAGAACACUUUCGUCAUGGAGUAUGUUGGGGAGAUCAUUACAACAGAGGAAGCAGAACGGAGAGGUCAUGUGUAUGAUAAAGAAGGAGCAACCUAUCUAUUUGACCUGGAUUAUGUGGACGACGAAUACACGGUGGAUGCUGCUCACUACGGAAACAUCUCCCACUUUGUCAACCACAGCUGUGACCCCAACCUCCAGGUAUAUAAUGUGUUUAUUGAUAACUUGGAUGAGCGACUGCCACGGAUAGCAUUUUUCGCCACACGUGGCAUAAAGGCAGGAGAGGAGCUCACCUUUGACUACAAAAUGAAGAUCGAUCCAGUAGAUGCCGAGAGUGAAAAGAUGGAUUCUAAUUUCAGUUUGACAGGACUUCCAGGUUCUCCUAAAAAACGUAUGCGCAUGGAGUGCAAAUGUGGGGUUGCGACAUGCAGAAAGUACCUUUUUUAGAGGUUGUGGCCACACGGAGUCAAGAUCAGGCUAAUAAGUCACUGCAAGAAGAUCAUAUGUUGAAAACAUCUAUGGUGUGGCAAAUGUUUCGGGAGGUAUUUUGAAGUACCUCAUUGAAUUUUAAGUAUUUUGUCUUUUCAUUUUUGUUAUUUUUUUUAUUAUUGUUUCCCCAAGAUCAACUUAAGCUUUUCAUUCAAAGAGUGAAGAAAUCUUAAUUUUAUAUAAACUGUUAAUUGUCAGUCAGUUAAAAAAAAAAAACAAUAUUUGCCCUAAUGCGCAAAUGUUGUUACACCAUGGGAACCUUAUGGGACAUUUUACAUGUACAGAUGUUUGUAUUUUUUCUUUUUUUCUCAAAAUUGUUAUAAAUGUACAAUUUAUCGGUUUUGAGUAGAUGGAUUGUCCUGUUUUUAUUUUUAAUUAUUUUUCCUUUUAACAAUCUUUUGUAGCAUUUUUUUUUUUUUUUUUUACGUUUGUAGCACUGUUUUUAACAAGUAUCUUUAUUUGGUGCCUGGCCAGUGUAAAAUAUUAAUGCUUUAAAAUGCCCUUUACUUAAAGGAAUAGUUCACCCAUGAAAAUGAAAAUUCUCUCAUCAUUUACUCACCCUCAUGGCAUCCCAGAUGUGUAUGACUUUCUUUCUUCUGCAGAAUAUAAAUGAAGAUUUUUAUUUCCGGUCUGUAGGUCCAUACAAUGCAAGUGAAUAAGUGCCAAAAUUUUGACGCCCCAAAAAGCACAUAGAGGCAUGAUAAAAGUAAUCCAUUCGACUCCAGUGUUUUAAUCCAUAUCUUCAGAAGUGAUAUAAUAGGUGUGGGUGAGAAACAGAUCAGUAUUUAAGUCCUUUUUUUUUUUUUUUUUUUUUUUUUUGCCAGAAAUUCUUCUCCCUGCCCAGUAGGGGGCGAUAUGCAUGAAGAUUUUGAAUCGCCAAAAACACAAGAAGAAUGUGAAAGUUAAAGUGGAGAUUGAGCAGGGAGGAGAAUUUAUAGUAAAAAAAAAAAGGAACUAAAUAUUGUUCUGUUUCUCUCACACACACACCUAUCAUAUCACUUCUGAAGACUGAUUUAACCAUUCAACUUUUAUGCUGACUCCUAAAAAUCUUCAUUUGAGUUCAGCAGAAGAGAGAAAGUCAUACACAUCUGGGAUGGCAUGAGGGUGAGUAAAUCAUGAGAGAAUUUUCAUUUUGGGGUGAACCUUCCCUUUAAAGCAUAUAAUGAUUUUGUCAUGAAAUAUUCACCAGGGGGUUAAAUUGCACAGAGAGGCAAAAUUGUCGGACUGAGGAAAGGUGGACCAACACGAGUUGCAGUCUUUUAUGCAUACAUAAUGUUGUCUUUAUGUAUUUUAUUUGUAUAUAGUCUAACAAUCCAUGUGUCAAAAUAUAUUAAUUUUACUAUCAAUUUGGUCUUUCAGAGGCUGUUUUUGAGAGCUGGACAUUAAACAACAGGAUGUAUGAAUAAGCGGAAGAGCUUGAAUGCUGUUUUUUACAGAUCUAUCUACUACUAUACAGGUGGUUUUCAGAACAGGACAGCGCAACUUUGGGAUGUUGAGUUAGGUUCAUGUGAUAGGACAGUCUCAGGAACAUUUCACUAUUAAAUUCACAGAAAUGUCAUCUUCAUAAACGAAACAAAGAGUAAAACAAAAUCUGUGCAUAUGUAUAUAUUUAAAGUUUACCACUUGUUAUUUUUGUUAGUUUUGUAUUGGGGAAAAAAAUCUAGUUGCCUUGAUGUUGUCACAUGAUCUCACAUUUAUGUCAGAGCAUACCCAUGCAUGUUCAACAUAAACAUGAGAACAUGUUUGGGGUCCUUGGUUAUUAAAUCAUAUCAUGAGUUCCAUUGCGCUGUGAAUAUUGUUUGUAUAACGUCAAUACAAAAGUUUAAAUCAUUUUGAUGAAUCAUCCUAAUAUGUGAAAGGAUGUACACUAAAAAGACAAAUAAAUUAAUCAAGCUCAUAGAUUUUUAUUUUUACUUUGCCAGUGAAAAGCUACAAUGGGGGUGUUUUUUGUUUUUUUUUCUUUUAAGCUCAAAAAGUGAACAUGUUUUGGCUGUCAAGCAUUACAUCUGUCCACAUCUUUGUGUACUUGUUUUGGUUACCCAUCCUUACAUUAAUUCAGUAAUAAAAGAGUGACACUACUU